CUAAUGUAGCCGUCUGGACAAACGGGGAAAAAAGCACAGGAAAGAAAACUCUUGCGUCUCCUACAGGUCAAACGCAAUGUUUGCAUUAUUAAGGCUAUUUACUCGAACAUAAGUUCAAAGUUGAACUGUUCCAGCACCGUGUUAACCGUCUUUUCGUCUUAAGUAAGCUGGUUAGAUAGACAAUUUGGAAAGAGCUAAUUUCCAACCGUAAAGUCUUAUUUUGAUUUGCAUUAUCAUAAAUUCCUCUCGCGGUUCACAUUACAGUUUUGAUUUGGGCUGAACGGCAAAAAUACAGCUUCAGUUAAGUCUAACGGAGCAACUGAAGAGAGAGAAAUGUCGCCGAGGAUUCUGACAAGUCUACGCACUGUCCUCUCUUUCAAAAAUGCCAAGGUUGUGCAAAGAUUCUGGACACCUUGUUUUUCUGGGCAACAGAAUCGCGCUUUACAUGUGGACAGACCUCCCAAUGUUCCGACUCUCACCACCAGCUAUGCCAAUGGGGUCUCCUCCUACUCCUUGCAGUGUCUCACUGUGGGUCAGAGCCUGCUGGCCAGUGUGGAGCGUUUCCCUGACAGGGAAGCUGUUGUCUUCCCACAAAAUGACAUCAGGAAGACAUUUGCUCAGUUCCAACAUGAUGUGGAUCAAGUUGCAGCAGGCCUGCUGGCUCUGGGGCUGAAGAAAGGAGAUCGCUUAGGAAUGUGGGGCCCAAACACAUAUGAAUGGAUUGUGAUACAGUUUGCCACAGCCAAGGCCGGCAUCGUUUUGGUGUCAGUCAAUCCAGCCUAUCAACUGAAAGAAUUGGAAUAUGCUCUGAGAAAGGUGCAGUGCAAAGCGAUUGUAUGUCCAUCUCAGUUUAAGACCCAGAGAUACUAUGGCAUGUUAAGACAGCUCUGUCCUGAGAUGGACACUGCCAGCCCUGGAGGACUAAGGAGUUCCAGACUUCCAGACUUGCGUACAGUUGUUGUGACAGACAGCCAGCAUCCUGGGGCAUUGCUCUGGAAUGAUUUGAUGCAGGCAGCGAGCAGCCAGCACUACCAGGAGCUACAGGACCUCCAAAAGAAACUUUCCUUUGAUGACCCCAUCAACAUUCAGUUUACAUCGGGAACCACUGGGAAUCCCAAAGGAGUCGCACUGACCCACCACAACGUUGUCAACAAUGCUUAUUUUGUCGGCUUGCGUGUGGGCUAUGACUGGAGGCCAAAUGUGCGAGUGUGCCUUCCUGUGCCACUGUACCACUGUUUUGGAUCAGUGGGUGGGGGAAUUAUGAUGGGCAUACAUGGGAUCACACUCAUUUUUCCCUCCUCCGCAUAUGAUGGCUAUACCAACCUUGAAACCCUGCAGAAGGAGAGGUGUACAUUUGUCUAUGGAACCCCUACUAUGUAUAUAGACAUGCUGGGACAGCCUGAUCUGGCCAAGUUUGACCUGACAUCUGUUGAAGGAGCAAUCAUGGCCGGCUCCCCCUGCCCUCCUGAAAUAGGAAGGAAAAUCAUCAAAGUCAUGGGCAUCAAAGAACUAGUAAUCGCAUAUGGUACCACUGAGAACAGUCCUGUGACCUUUUGUGGCUACCCAACUGAUAACAUGGAGAGAAAGACAGAGACUGUGGGAUGUAUAUGCCCCCAUUCUGAGGCAAAGGUGGUUGACCCUGGAACAGGGCAAAUUGUUCCACUUGGAACCAAAGGAGAGCUAAUGAUCAGAGGUUACUGUGUUAUGCUGGAAUACUGGCAAGACAAGGCUAAAACUGAAGAGGUUAUCACUAAAGAACACUGGUACAAGACUGGUGAUAUUGCCAGUAUGGACAAAUUUGGCUACUGCAAAAUAGAGGGACGUAUCAAAGAUAUGCUUAUCCGUGGAGGAGAAAAUAUCUACCCUGCUGAAAUCGAAGAGUUCCUGCACACACACCCAAAGGUCCACGAGGCACAGGUGAUUGGGGUGAAGGAUGAGAGGAUGGGUGAGGAGGUCUGUGCAUGCAUCAGACUGAAUCAUGGACAGGUCUGCACUGCAGAGGAGAUCAGGGACUACUGCAGAGGCCAGAUUGCCCAUUUCAAGAUCCCACGGUAUGUGACUUUUGUUGAGAGCUAUCCUCUUACCGUCUCAGGCAAGAUCCAGAAGAACAAGCUGCGGGAGCAGACAGAAAAGCAGCUGGGACUGUGAACAGAACAGAGACUUCAGGAUGUUGCUGUACUAGGCAAACAACUGAGCAGCCAGAGUCUGGAACCCUGAUCACAUUCAUUGUAAGGUUAAACUGUCUCAUUCAAAACAUGCACACAUUAUGUUUUUGAGCAAACAUGCCUGGAUCUUUUUCAAGUUUUUGUAAAGUAUUUACAGUAUUUCCUCAAGUAUUCUUUCUUUCUUUUACCUGGCCCAGCAGGUCUCCCGAGAUGUCCAAUGCACCACAAGGCCAUUUGUGUAUAUCUUCUUAGUGGUUUUUCCAGUGAUCUGAAAGUCAACUUAUGUUCAACUUAUUCAGCAGACAUAUCUCAGGAAGUUUUUUUUUAAAUAUUUAGAUUGACCUUUUUGUGUGAAUGUUAUAGUUCAUGAUCCUGCUCUCAAGCAGGAAUAUAAACUCUAGCCUGGAAUCAGAGCAUGUAUGGCUAGGUUUUACACUGUUCCAGGAAGCAAGGCUUAAGAGACAUAUAUGGUCUCAAUAAAAUAGGUAUGCAGUGAAUAUAUUAAUGCCUUGAUUAUUUAUGCACAUAUGUUUCUGAACAGUGUGAUGUAAAAGCAGAUAUCUGUCUGUAACAAUUCUGAGAAAGGCACUAUACAAAUGUAACUACUACUACUACUACUACUACUAAUAAUAACAUUCUACAAUCUAUGAAGCCCAAACAUGGCACCACAUCUGCUUUAAAAUAAAUGAAAAAUACCAACAUAAACAGCUCAGAGGUAAUUCUGUCCAUGAAUUAUCCUAGCUGAGUGUUCAAUAAUUUGCUUCAUUCACUUCUUUCAGCUCCUUCCCCAGUCUUAUUUUUGCUUUUAAGACUGUAGCUUUCCCGUUUGGAAAUCUGACUUUCCCUGUUUUGCUGUUCACAUGGAAAUUCAUAAGCAUCCAUAAGGUAUGGAGUGUUUUUCUUAAGAUUUUAACUAAAUGGAUUGUUUGACUUAACUGAACUCUUGCAUUUGUUUUCAGUUUUGCAGUUUGGUGGUGGUUUCCUCCUUGGUGUAGACCUGUCAUGUUUAGAGGCAUGUUGUCAUUCUGAAGAGACUGCAAUAAUGCCAUCAGAUAAUUCUCAGAAGACAUUCUAUUCACCAAAUCCUGACUGAAGUCUCCUUAAAUACUCUGUCAAUGUGUGUGAAAACAAAAAGUUAAGAUUGCAGAAUCCUGAACACAGAACAGAUGCUGCAAAAACACACACCACAAAUGGAACUGGAAAUACUUUUUUCAUCACUAUUUUCUGGAUUUUCAUACCUUUUGAGGUCUUGAAAUUAAUGCUUUUAAUUUUUUUUUCAAAAUUUCUACACCUCCUUCAGAGUUAUACAACAUCAAUUCUUGUUUUUUUUUGAUGGCUUGAAUAAAUGAAUAAACUCCUCUAAUCAUUCUGGAUAUAAAAACACAACUGACAAUACUUCCUUGGGACCUUUGGGAUGCAAAUGGAAAAAUGCAUAUUUUCCAAGAAAGGUUAUAAUAAUUUUGUGCUUAUUUUGAUUAUUUUCUAAUGAUGUACCUUUUUGUUGCUGUUUG